AUUUGCAUCAGUCUGAUUGUGUGUUUGUCAUUGAAUUUUUAUUAGUUUUUUAAUUUUAUUGCAAUGGCAGAAAGUUUUAUAAAACAUAGUGAUCCAGUUAAUAAUUCGGAAAAAACUAAAGAUAAUACUCUAGGUCAAUAUUUUGAUAACAAUGUACAUACAAUCUUUGAUGAAAUAAUAUCAAAAUCAGAGGUUACCCAAUCGUUACAAAAAACUACUCAAGAUAUUUGUAAAUUGAAUAUUAUGUCUGAAAUUUCAACAGAUUUAUUGAAAAAUGAAAACACAUUUAAUAUUGAAAGAUCUGAAUUACCGAGCAAAGAUUCUCACAGUGACGGAUGGAUUCCGUGUGAGCAAACAAGGAAAAUUUUAAGAUCAAUUGCAACUUCAACAUUCAGUAACAACGUUGUUGAUCGAGAAAAUUUAACAAUGCCAGGAUUGACUAUUCAAGACGACAUGAUUGACACUGUCAAGGCAACAUCGAUACAUUUUUUUGGUGAAGAUGAAAAUAUACAUAGAAAUAUCUUGACAGCAACUGAUGUUACUCAAGAUGAACGAGGACUACGCAAUUUAAUUCAAACAGGUUGUUACAGAGCAGCAGUUGACUUAUCAGGUAGGCUAUUAGCAGUUUAUGGCCAAGGAUAUGGAAAAAUCAAUCAUUUAAGUAAACACACACCGCAUUCUUUGCAACUAUGGUAUACAAGAUUAUCACUUCUAUUGAAGUUAAAACAAUUUGAUAUCUUGAAAGCUGAAUCAGAGCCUUUUGGAAAUCUGGAUAAACCAGACAUGUACUUUACGUUUUAUCCAGAAUUAUAUGGAACAAGGCACGGUUCAAUGGCGUCAUUUGCUUUUCGAUUGCUACUAGCUGAAAUACCAUUGUAUUAUGGUAAAACAAAAGAUGCCAUCAACAAUUUAUAUAAGCUUUUAUCUGUAAUUAAUCAAAUUAUAAAGAACUUAGAAGCAGGGCUCACAGAAGAAGGUGGAGUUUCAAAAUAUAGUGAAACAGAUCAAAAGAAUUAUAUUAAAUUAUGGGUUAAUAGAAAGUCUAGAGUUCAAAUUUCUAUCGUAAAUUGUGCUUUAACUGUAAAUAACUUUAAAUUAGCUAUUAACGUAUUAGAGGAAUUGCUCAAGUCAGCUAAUUGGACUAAAGAACAGUCAGAAAUACUGAAAUCAGCUAUUGGACGAAUUUAUUUAUUUCUGGGUGAUGUCCUAAUGGCGGAAAAAAUAUUUGGUGAUGUUAAAAAAAAUUCAGAAGAACUGCCUUCGAUAAGGGAAUUAAUUGAUCGAGGAUUAAUGGCUGUUGCUCAAAAUUCCUAUCAGGAAGGUUACAAUCAUUUUAAAAUUGCAUCUAGUGCAGAUCCCUCGAACAUUAUGUUAAUAAAUAAUAUGGCGGUUUGUUUAUUAUACACUGGUCAAUUGAAGGCAGCUGUACAACUUCUUGAAAAUGCUGUUACUAGAAAUCCAGUCAAGUGUUUACAGGAACGAGUAUUAUUAAAUCUGUCCACACUUUAUGAAUUACAUACGACACAUAGUAAACAGUGCAAAUUACAUUUACUCAGGUUAUUGAAUAGAUAUACAGGAGAUCAUAUUGAUAUAUCAUGUUUAAAAUUAGUAUAAAUAUCAGUGUGCAUUUUUUAUAAUUAAUUAAGGCAGUUGUAUGAUAAAUAGUAUUUUUUCCAGUGAUAUGUUUGUGACUUUACAUAUUUAUUUUAGUAUUUUUAAGUCACAUCCUUUCCUUUUAAUAUCAAAAGUGUACCAUAUUGUACCAUAUUUUCUUCAAGUUAAAUAUUACUAGGGCUGCCAUACAUCAAAUAUUUAGAAAUUAAUUAUUAAAUAAUGGAUAAGUAUACUUUUUACCUCAUUAUAAGAUAAGAAAGAAAAUUGACUAUUAGUUGCAAAUUGUUUCAUUAUUUAUUGCUUUGUUAUUUGUUAUUACUACGUCAAAAACGCUCAUAAAUUGCUUUAUUUAAAUAAUUUUAGGUCCAAUAUUACAUUGUUAAAUUAAAAUAAUCAAUGAUAUGAUGAAAUUGUGAAAAUAAAAAAAUAUAAAGUAUAAUUAUAGUUAAUAGUAUGUUGUGUCAGUAAUAUUUGGUAGACUUGAGUUGAUUCCUGUGAUAGGAUUUUUUAAAAUUGUCAUUCAAUUUUAAUAAAACCCUUUAAAAUCCAAUUAAUUCAUAUUUAAAC